GACACGAAAGAUUGCGAGGGCAAGCGAAAUCGCUAGGUUUUUCUAUUGAAUUUUUUCGUGCGUGAUUCCUUUGGCCAAUGGAAUGGCUGACGUUCCGCUGCCAUCUGUUUCAGUUUUGCAACAACUACUCCCCAAUUGUAAACAUAGACAUUUAAUUGUAAAUACUUCAAUCGACCCUCAAGGUUAGAUUUUCCUGCGGAACCUAACCUGGCCCGAGAAUUUUAAUGGAGAAAUCCCAUGCGUGCUGUUUUGAGUGAGAGUAAUAACGUUAUCAAAACGAUAGUGUCAAUUUGUUGGAAAACAAAAAUGACUUCGUGACCCGAGGAAAUAUGCACCGAGUAGUGACAACUAGAGUUCUAUUGGCUGGCAAUUUGAAGCAUGACUAUUGCUGUUGCGUGAGGAUGUAUUCAAAACUUCAGUCCAGGUGGAGGGAAUGCUUCAUGGGGUUCUACUCGACGGAUUUUAAAAUUUAUAAACAAUUGGUGGCGGACAAUCUUGGGAUGGACAGGGACCACGCGGGUUUCCUCCUCAGGAAUAACAUGCGUAUUAUUGGCAUUGAUCAACAGAGGAUUGUCAGGAACUGUGAUAUAUGUCAGAAGGAAGAUGUGGACCUGCAGGACAGCGUUCGUGAUCUGAAGUUCCUGGAGUUGAGCGAGGACGAUUUAGUGAAUAGGAUUUUAUUGUUGAAGGAGAUGGGCGCGCAGUACAUUUCAACUGGAAUGCUGAGAACGUGUGCAUCGAGAGCCCACGUCGCGACGUUCAAAGCCUACACGAAAAUACCAAAUGAUGCUGUUAUAUCCGAAAAUCUGUACUCCCACCUCCACGAACCUCCCCCAGACGUUCCAGCUCUAACUGACGUGAACGACUACAUGACCGUCAAAGAAUACAGAAAGCGGUGUUUGAUCCACUGGCUGAAGUGGAGACUAGAGAUACCGGACACCAACCACAGGUUGUUACAAGCCAUGGUCACUAAAUUGAGGUACAAAAGUUUCUCGAGGCUGCGAAUGUGCUUCGAUAUUCUCCAUGAUGAGCUUGGCAUGUCCGUGCAAUCGAUUCGAGAGAAGAAAUGUCUCUCAUACGUGUCAUCAGGCGAUCUCAGACAGAUAUUGACCCACAUCCCCGAGAUUUGUGGAGUUCCCAUCAGACACUUGCUAGUAAAUCAUCUAUGCCUACUCAAAAUAAAAUACCACAGCGUUCUCAUCACCAAGCAAGCCCUCGAGGAUUUUGGAAUAACAUCCGAACAACUGCUGAAGACCCCCCGAAUACUCCUAAUGAAUGCGGACGCAGUCGAGGUUGGUUUAGAAAUAAUAAAAACCACACCGGAACUUAAAGUAUUAAUUGAUCAUCCAAGCUUACUUCAAAUUCUUCUGACAAAGGAUGGGGUCCAACGGCGCAUGGAAUAUCUCCGUUACUUGAGCAUCGGCAAUGCAUCAGUCAAUAUCUUGGGGAGUUCCAAAGUUAGCUUCGAUCGGUAUCUCCGGACGGGGAUGCAUCGGUUCAAGGGUGAAGAAAUGGCUGUAAUGCUGAAGAAACAUCUCAGGAGGGAUACGGAUGAGAUUCAGGAGGGGAUCAAGAGGCAUCCGAUGUGGAAGCACGUGGAUUUGGUCACCAUACAUGACACAAUGCAGUACCUGUUGAAGUCUUUCGAUGCUGAUGAUAUUUUUAGGAACAUACAGUUACUUCUUUACUCUAGGGAUAAAAUCCAGUAUCCACUGGCAAGGCUCAUAGAAGUGAACAAACAAAUCGACGAGAAGUAUCGUUUCACCCCGAGUCAAUUGCUCGCUCUGUGUGCAUACCACAUCGAGAGGGAAUACCACUUCACAGGUGACGGUGUGUGGGACAGCAAUCAAAAGCUGAGUAAAAAGAGUCCUGAGGAGUUGAAUGGAGAAACCGAAGAGUGGAAAGAGUAUCAAAAGGAAUAUACGUUGAAUGAUGUAAAUACUUUGUUAUUUAUUAAUACAAAUAAAACAGAAAGACUGCCGUAAAAUA